AUGGUAGACUUCUCCUUAAGAAAGGCAAGAAAUAAUUGGAAGAGCUCCAAACUAACUUCCCCUAUCAAACAGAAAACGCCAAGUUCCCCCUCCAAGACUCAUCAUACUCCAUCACCGACACCAUCAUCAAAUGAUAAACCAAAGAAACGAACUGCAAAGACAAAUAAAGGUGCUAAUCCAUACAGUACCAUGCAAAUGACGUCCGAUUAUUCAUCCUUACCCACAAUGGACUCCAAAUCAAAGAACAAAGUCGCUACCUCGAUGCAAAGAAGACUUUCUAUCCAUAAUUCUAAUUAUGUCCCUCCCAAAUUGGAUUACUCAAUGCCAUUACCAUCUAUGUCCCAAAUCCCUGAAUCGCCUAAUAAGUUAGAUACCACAUCACAUAUGCAAAAACCCUUGAAUACAGGCAGGCCAAAAGAAGCACGGUCAUCAUUGGCUAAGAUUUCACAACCAAAGACACUGAGAUCGAUAUUAUCGAAUCCCAGUUUUAACGCCAAGAACUUCGUUCAUGAGAAUUUAAGCGAAGCUAAUGCCAUUGACAUUGAUCAAUUCACUUCCAAUUUGACAAAUUUGGCCGAGUACGUAAGUGAAGAGAUCAAAAGAAAUAUUAACGAUUCGUACCAUGAGAUUAUGAAUGUCAAUAAGGAUUUGAAUGUGGCCAUGAACGAAUUAAAACAGUUAAGAAUUAAUAUUGUUCAAUUAAGUGGUGUUAUGGAACAAUUUGAGACUCUAGCUCAAAGACGUCUAGAUUUGGAAUAUUCCUCAAUGCAAGAACACGAAAAUGAAGACGAAGAUUUGAAUGCGACACAAUCACAAAGACGUGGUAACUCUACUUUGUUGCCUCCAAUGAAAUCAACUACUGAUGGGAAGGGGAAAUAUAGAGAUAGAAGUAGUGUAAUGAUAUUGGAGAAGGUUUGGGAUGAAGAAUUAACAAACUUGUUCAAGAAUAUCGAAGGCAUUCAAAAAUUUAUUAACAAUGAUGAGUUUAAGAAUAAUAGUAAAUUAAAGAAGAAUGCAAGACAUUUAUUACUGGAGAGUAAUGACUGGAUGGAAUUGAACGUAAACACUUUAAAGCCUUUCCAAAAUGUGAAAAUAUUCAUAUUGAACGAUUUGAUCCUAGUUGUUGCGGGGAAGCAUGGAAGAGACCUGAUUAAACAAAAUGAGUUUGUUGUGAGUCAAUGUGUUCCUCUUGGUAACGUAGUAGGUGUAACCAAGGAUAAAAUGAUUCGUAACAGAUUAUAUUUUGAUUUUGGGAACGGAAAUCAUUGUCUAUAUGAAAACAGAACCGAAGAAGAGUGUGAUAAAGUGAUGGAUCGUGUUAGAAAGGCCAAAGAUGACCUGUGUGAUAUUUUCCAAACAGAACAAGAAAAUUCAAGAAAGAUUAGAGAAUCAUUUAAAUAUUUACAAUCUCAGAAUCAACAGACACCUUCAGGGAAUAAAGAUAUGAAUAAAAGUCCAAUGAAGAGUCAAAGACGAAGUCUUGGAAUGACACCUCAUAGGAUGAACAGCUUGGCAACCAAUUCAAAUAAUGUUACAUCAACGGAACAGUUUUUCCUACAGACAUUAUCAUUUUCUAUGCAUUCAAGAACAAGAUCACAUGACAUGAAUUCCAUUUCCAGGAAACUAAAAAAACUUGACGAUUCCAUUGAAGAGGUGGAUAUUGAACUAACACGACUCAAGUUUGAUAUUGCAGUUGAUACUCUAUUGGAUAUUGAAUCACAGUUAACCGAAAUAUUUGAUAAGAUCAAUGAUGAAGACUUAAUGUUGCAUAAACUAAUAUCUUUAAAAGUAGAUCAAAGACGUGAAUUAAUCAUUUCCAAACUAUCUCAAAAUAUUUUAUUCAGUAACAAUGAAAUUUCACAAUUGAUGACAAAUUUGAAAACAAUGAUAAAAUUGGGAUUGCCGGAACAAAGUCUUGAUCUUUUCCUAACGAAUAGAUCGAAUUUGAUUCAAGAUUUAAUUUUACAGAUUGGCUCUUUUGAUAAUUCCACCAAUUACUUAACGCAAUUGGCAGUGAUAAGGUUUCAAACAAUGAAACAAACCGUAUUAAAUUUUGAACAGAUCUUUCAGAAACUCUGUAGCAGUAAAAUUUCGUCCAUCCUGGUCAGUUGGUGCAAUGAAGAAGUGGAUAAAUAUUUUCGACUGGUGGACCAACAGCUACUCAACGAUGAAAAUUUAUCUAUAGAAUCCAUCAAAGCCUCGCGUAAACAGUUGGAUGAUCUAAAGUCAGUAGGCUUAGACUUUGUCUACAAGUUGGAUGAAUUCAUCAAAUCAAAUAGUAGUAGAAUCGGUUAG